AUGGGUGAUACACAAGUCAGUUUUGAAAAGUCCAUAGCAGCCUCGCUGAGCCCGGCGAACAUAGAACGUUCUCAGCGUCUCGAUGCAUACCUUCAAGACAAGAACAAGUUCGCCCUAUUUGCUUCAAGUGGGCAGAAAGACCUCAAAGCUCGGCCAAUCUUAAGCCCAAUUGCCCAGAGAGUGAAGGAAAGGGAAGCUGAAAGAGAGCUCGAAAGCUUCAUGGAUUCCAUUUCUGACCGUGAGGUGAUUGAGGACGCCAGACAGGCAUGGCAAGACAAGAAAUAG